AAUCACAAUCCAGGAUGCACGUUGAAGCCUGGAAGGCAGGAAGUAAUAACCCUAUCUAUCUGUGUUCAAAGGUGACGGGGAUACUUGGAAAGCAAAGCUUACUGAAAAUGUUGGCGACCAAAGGCCAGAUCCAGGGAUGUGUGCUGCUUGUGCUACUGGCGUUAUGUGGGCAAACUGCUCGCUGUCAACAUCGAUACAAAGGCUCUGCGACCCGUGAAGAACUGAGACUCCUUCUGGUCGGUAAAACAGGAUCGGGAAAGAGUGCAUCCGGAAACACCAUCCUGGGGGAUGCGAACGCUUUCAAAGAAGACGUUUCGCCUGAGUCUGUCACCGACGGCUGUCUCAGAAAAGAGGCAGAGGGCGAAGGCGGUAGAAAUAUCGCUGUGAUCGACACUCUGGGGCUGUCUUUUGGAUGAAAUGGUGGAUUUCAAUGGAGGAAACCACUACACCAACGAGAUGUAUAAGGCGGCCCAGAAGAAGCUCGAAGGAGAAAGGCUGAAGAGGAGAAAGGAGGAAGAACAAAGAAAAAGGGAAGAAGAGGAGAGGAUCGAAUUGAAGGAGCGGUGUGAAUUCUUCCGCCUCGCUUCCCUGGGAUUAUUUGGCACAGGAGCGUACUUUACAUCUUAUGUUCUCAUGGGGCUUGGUGGAGCCCUUGGAUAUUCUCAGUUAAAGACGCCGAGCUUGACGGUUGGGCGUCUUCUUUACUCGUCGAUACCGUGAAAACUGCGUAGGUGUAUCACCUACUCAACCUAGUGAUCAACGAGUACCGCACCGAAGCAUGCAACGGGUGCAAGACCAAUCACCCCAGCCAGAGACAACACGAGUGUCUGUGAGUCUUGGUGUCAGGGUCCCUGUGCCUACCCGGUCGGCUCAGUAUGGCUACAUAUGUUUUUCAUUUUGUUCCUGCUCUCUCCCUUCCUCUCUUUCCCUCCUCCCUCUGCCAGGGCGGAGCUCACCUGUGGGCUUCUGCCCUUGGUCCACACACCCGGUCGCCAUCACGCACCUGUGGCUCAUUACGAGAGUGUUCCAGCUCCUUUAUAAGACGGCAGCUCUGUGUUUCUCGUCGCUGGACCGUUGCCGACCCGCCUUCCCUGGACCAACCCCUGUGUUUCCUGAGUGAUUGAGUGUGCGAGGAGUGGAGUACGUCAUCGUGUUUUCUGUGGAGUGUGGAGAGGAGCGUGAGGAGUGGACGGAGUGCGUGUGGACUUUCAGCGUCUUUUCCCUUUGUGUGUGGACCCCCGGAGCCCGGCUUCCCCCUCACCUCUGUAAAUAGAUCACCUGGUGUGCUGUAAUAAAGAUUCUUGUGUUUCCCAACUCAGAGCCUGUGCGUGUGUCCGUUCCAUCCCGCUGUGACACUUGGAGGAUGACUUUUACGCUGAACAUUAUUACAGCAUCAGGAAAAGACUCCUCACGCCGCGUUUCAUUCCUUCCAUUCAACGUCUCCUGAUCAUGUAUUCACAACCACCGAAGGCGCUGUACAGCACCGAGCACCUGAAACACGGACAGUUUGUUGAUAUUGUAAUCAAAAAUACAGCCCCAGGGGGGGAGGGGGGCAUUUUAAAAACGCACCCUCCCUAUUGCGCAUGUCCCUAAAAGGUAUGGCCUUCCAGAUUGCCUCAGUUGUAUCAUAUGUGUAAUUUCAAAUAAA